CAGGCUCCUUACUCCAAAUACGUGCAAUUGCUCAGUGUAGCAGGGCACCAUGGCAGGCAGAGGUAGAAUGGCGGAAGAUGUAGCAACAGCUUCCAGUUACCGGGAGUUCCAGCCGGAGCACAUGCACCUGGAGCUCACAGUAGACACAGAGGCUCGUAAGCUGCGGGGCUCUCAGCGGCUGGACUUGCAGGUGUUGCAGGAGACCGAGGAACUUCGACUGGACACGCAUCGCAGCUUAAGGGUGCUGGGUGCUCGCCUGGAGAAGAUCCAGGGGGAACACGAGGAGUUGUCGUGGGAGGAGAAGCCUUUCACAGGGUAUGGUACUAUGGUUGUUCUCCAGCUGCCCAGCCUUCUGCCACCCGGAGCCAGGAUACUGGUGACCAUCGAUUAUGAGGUUGCGGAUAGCCCAGGGGUUUGUUGGUUGGACCCACAGCAGACUGCAGGCAAGAAGAAACCUUACAUGUACACACAAGGCCAGGCUGUUCUUAAUCGCUCCUUCUUCCCAUGCUUUGAUACACCUGCUGUUAAAUGCACAUAUUCUGCUAAUAUAAAGGUACCUGAGGGUUUUACAGCUGUUAUGAGUGCAAAUAACUCAGACCGCCAAGGUGAUACCUUUAUCUUCAAGAUGACACAACCCAUUCCAGCCUAUCUUGUAGCUCUGGUGGUUGGUGACAUUAUAUCAGCAGAGGUAGGGCCAAGGAGCCGUGUCUGGGCAGAACCUUGUCUUAUAGAAGCAGCUAAAAAAGAGUAUGAUGGAGUGAUAGAAGACUUCCUAAAAGUGGGGGAGAAGCUAUUUGGCCCAUAUGUAUGGGGAAGGUAUGAUGUACUGUUCAUGCCACCUUCUUUCCCAUUCGGUGGAAUGGAAAACCCCUGCAUCACAUUUGUCACCCCAUGUCUGCUGGCUGGGGAUCGCUCAUUGGCUGAUGUUAUCAUACACGAGAUUUCACACAGCUGGUUCGGGAACCUGGUCACCAAUGCCAAUUGGGGAGAAUUUUGGCUGAAUGAGGGCUUCACAAUGUAUGCCCAACGAAGAAUUACAACUGAAAUAUAUGGACUUGCGUUUACCUGUCUGGAAGCAGCUACUGGAAGAGCUCUGCUACGACAGCACAUGGAUGCUUCCGGGGAAGACCAUCCUUUGAACAAAUUGAGAGUAAAGAUAGAGCCUGGGGUGGAUCCAGAUGAUACUUAUAAUGAGACUCCCUACGAGAAAGGGUUCUGCUUUGUUUCAUACCUAGCCCACCUCACUGGGGACCAGACCAAAUUUGAUAAAUUUUUAAAGGCCUAUGUAAAUAAAUUCAAGUUUCAGAGCAUACUUGCAGAUGAAGCCCUUGAGUUUUAUCUAGAGUAUUUUCCAGAACUGAAAGCACAGGGAGUGGAUAAGAUAGCCGGCCUGGAAUUUGACCAUUGGUUAAACACUCCAGGAUGGCCUCCUUUCCUUCCAGACCUGUCCCCUGGAGAGGUACUUAUGAAACCUGCAGCAGAACUAGCAAAACUCUGGUCUUCUACACCACUUAAUACUGAAACAAUUUCAAAAGUUGAUCCCACCAAAUGGAGGACCUAUCAACUUGUCUACUUUUUGGAUAGGGUACUGGAAUUGUCACCAUUACCUGAUGGAAAUAUUGAACAAUUGGAGAAGUUUUAUCCAAAGAUUUCCAAUGCUACAAAUGCUGAGCUGCGCUUGCGAUGGGCACAGAUUAUAUUGAAGAAUGACUACCAGCCCCACUUUAAUAAAGUCAGGGACUUUCUUCAUUGCCAGGGGAAACAAAAGUAUACUUUACCUUUGUACCGUGCUAUGCAAGAUGGCUCAAAGGCAGCACAGGACCUUGCUAGGGAGACCUUUAACCAAACUUGCCCACAGCUUCAUUCCAAUGUGCAAAACUAUGUGAAGAGGGUCCUAGGCAUAUAAAGCUGCACAUCUGCUGCUCAAAGCUCAAUGUAAGGUACAAAUAAGUGUGCAUAUGGAAGAGCAGCAUUGUUCAACUACAGAAGAGAAGAGCAAUCAACAUAUUGUGUGUCUUUCAAAUGCAAUAAACCAACACAAUCAUCA